CUUGUCUACCUUUCUACUUUUUCAAUUUCCACAUUAACAGCCGCCCCACUUCACUUAUCAUCAACCCUCCUCGUCGUCCUCUUUCUUCUUCUUCUUCUUCUUCUACUUCAGUUGUAGUCACUGACAACAGAAUUCCUCUAUCUCCUCCUCCUAACACUACUGAUGCGCUUCAAUGGGUAAGUAGGAAUCAAUACUGCGGUGAAUUGACAGAAAAUGAUGUGGGUAAACGGGUAAGGCUUUGUGGGUGGGUCGCCCUUCAUCGGAUUCAUGGGGGUCUUACUUUCAUCAACCUCAGAGACCAAACUGGAAUUGUUCAGAUUACUACACUUCCUGAUGAUUUCCCUGAUGCUCAUUCUACUAUGAACGGUCUGAGACUUGAAUACGUGGUUGCCAUUGAAGGUGUUGUUCGGCCUAGGCCAGCUGAGUCUGUCAACAAAAAGAUGAAAACUGGCACGAUAGAG